UUGUCUUGCUCCAAGCGAGCCUCCAGGCAGAUGUGAUUUGGUCCUUGCAAAAGGAGCAAGCAAGGCGGAGAAGGUCUCCCUGGCAUGGACUAGAAUGUGGAAACUGAGGAUGGGGUGGUUCUUGCUGGGACACCGUGAGCAGAGCCUGAUGGAGUGAAAAACUAUACGGUUGCAGCAGGGAGAGCUAGAUCCACAUCAUCAUCAUCAUCAUCAUCAUCACACCUCCUCAGAAGAAGACCUCAGGGGGUUUGUGUGCUGCUGUUUGCGUGGAGUCUGCCCCCCCCCACGCUUCCAACCCUGGGGGGAAAUACAUGAUGGGGUGCCUGGAUUAUUUCUGGGAGUUCUGGAACUACGAGACUCCCAAAGUGAUUGUGGUGAAGAAGAGGAACCUUGGGGUCAUCUAUAGACUUGUUCAGCUCCUCAUCCUGGUCUAUUUCAUCUGGUACGUGUUUAUCAUCCAGAAGGGCUACCAGGAGAGUGAGUCGGGCCCAGAAAGCUCCGUCAUCACUAAAGUGAAGGGUGUCAGUCGCUCUCAGCACAAGGUCUGGGAUGUGGAGGAAUAUGUGAAGCCUCCAGAGGGAGGCAGUGUUUUCAGCAUCAUCACCCGCGUCCAAGUCACCUCCUCACAGACUCAGGACACCUGCCCCGAGAAUGUGAGGGCUCUGUGCCACUCCGACAGGGACUGCCAUGCAGGAGAGAUGGAUAUGCUGGGGAAUGGAGAGAAGACAGGGCGCUGUAUCUCCUAUAACUACAGCAUGAAAACCUGUGAGAUUAGAGCUUGGUGCCCCGUGGAGGACGCAGCAUCUGUCAAUGAGAACUUGUCAAAGAUGGCCCCAGAGUUCACCAUCCUCAUCAAGAACAACAUCCAUUUCCCUCGCUUCCGGUUUACCAAAGGGAACGUCAAGGACAACGACGACAGCUACCUGAAGAGCUGCACCUUCAACGAAACCACAGGCCUCUACUGCCCCAUCUUCAAGCUGGGCUUCAUUGUGGAGCAGGCGGGAGAGAACUUCACCCAGCUGGCUGAAAAGGGCGGCGUGAUCGGGGUGAUCAUUAACUGGAAUUGCAACCUGGACCUGCCGGAUACGAUGUGCAACCCCCGCUACUCCUUCCGCAGGCUGGACCCCAAGUGGGCCCAGGCCUCCUCUGGAUACAAUUACAGGUUUGCAAAGUACUAUAAGCACAGGGGCAAGAGCACCCGCACCUUGAUCAAGGCUUACGGCAUCCGCAUCGAUGUGAUUGUGCACGGGCAGGCAGGGAAGUUCAGCCUUAUCCCCACAAUCAUUAAUCUGGCCACGGCGCUGACGUCAGUGGGAGUGGGCUCCUUCCUCUGCGACUGGAUCUUGCUGACCUUCAUGAACAAGAACGAAGUCUACAGUGCCCGGAAGUUUGACCAGAUGCCCAAGCUCCAAGAGGGAACUCCGACGACGGACUGCAGCAUCACCGAUUCCUGCACUCAAGCCUCCUCGCCCGCAGACUCCAAAGCGCCCAUCCAUCUCUGAGGGUUCAGGAGCUCCUUUCCU